CACUUAUACACCGAUCCCAACAAAUUGGACUCGUAUUUGGAGAAAGUGCUCAAACCGUUGGUCACUGGGCUUAAGGGUAAGAAGUCAUUGGCCGCGUGGGAUGUGAUUAAUGAGCCGCAGGGCUCCAUCGCCGACAACACUGUCGACGGGAAUCGGUGUUGGGAUACGACUCGACUCAAGAAUUCGGGCACCGAUUGGACGCAAACGCAUUUGAAAUUGAAAGACGUGCAGCGCUUUGUCAACCUUCACGCCUAUGCCAUCAAAACGGCUGAUCCGAAAGCGUUGGUCACUAUUGGCGACAGCGAUUUGACGCUAACAAACAUCGCCAACAAUACUAACAAUUAUUUUAGCGACACUUGUCUGCGGGAAUCGGGCGGCAAAUCCAACGGAACUUUAGACUUUUAUUGCCUGCAUUCAUACACGUGGCCGCACACGCCGUCUGGCAAAUACUCGCCGACGAGUCCAUUCAAACACAGUAACGCCGAUUACAAGUCGCCCAAAGCGCUGGUUGUGGGCGAGUUCGCCACCGUUUGCAGCGAGAGUUUAAACGCGAGUAAAAAUUAUGGUCAAUUAUAUGACGCCAAAUACGCGGGGGCUCUGAGUUGGCAGUACAACGAAGGGGGCGAUUGUGCCGAUAAACGCUCGGUCGAUGACAUCGGUAUGACUGCCAUUAAGGACUUGACACAAAACGGAAAAAUUGUUGUCAAGUUAUAAGAAUCGCCUGUAAUUUGUAUUGAAAAUUAUACACAUAUUUAAUGAGGG